AUGGUGUCUUUGCGCGUGAGCACAACGAUGGCCGGGGCGAAGAACGAGGAGGUGAUUCUCACCGAAGGCGUUUGCGGUCCGAGCGCAGCUACACGGAGGGGCUCGUUCGACGUCCACGCAGCUGACCGAGUGGUGACUGCGCGAGAAAAAGAGCGGAAACGGUUGAGGCAGAUCACAGAGGAAACCGGUGAUCAGUGGCGGCCUGACAAGUUCUACACAGACGAAUUGAAAACGGAGAAGCCGUGGAUCAAUCCCUACGAAGUUAUGGUGAAGCACCUGGUACAUCCGCCAAGCGAAGGAGAACUGACUCCGAAAGCAGAUUCGUCGUCAAGCAGCUCAUCCAUCAGCAGCGACUUCGAUCGCGCGAGGAGGAAAGCCAAGAAGAAAAAAAAGAAGGCGAAAAAGGAGGCGAAGAAGCUUAAGAAGGAGAGAAAGAAACUGAAGAAAAAGCUGAAACGCUUGAAGGCUUGA